AUGGAACGCGAGUUCGAAGCCUUUUUUCAAAAAAAAUUUGAAAUUUCAGGGAACGGCAAAACCGUUUCCGAAGACACAUACUUGGUCAAGCUACAAAAGCAAACUGAGGGAGGCAGAUUUAUCGUGCAACUCGAUCAUGUGCGAGAAUUUGACUCAUCUUUAGCGCAGAGGAUACUAACCGAUCCAGGAGUAGCACUGAAAGCGCUCAGCGUGGCCGCCGAAUCUUUGUUGAGAAAGCCGUGCUCUUUUUGUGUAGGUAUUUCUGGUAAUUUUGGAAGCUAUGAACUGUCUCCGAGACAGCUGUUAUCAACAUACCUCAAUAAGAUGGUUCGAGUACAUGGCAUUGUAACCAAGUGCUCCGCUGUCAAUCCAAAAGUUCAAAAGAUAGUUCAGUUCUGUCCCAAUACAGGAAAGCUGUCCCAAGGACAGAUUUAUCGCGAUGUCACAGCACUGACUGGUAUGAGUACUGGUGCGGCUUUUCCAAUGCGAGAUCAAAGCGGAAAUUCUUUGGACAUCGAAUACGGUGAAUCGUUGUACGUUGAUCAUCAACGCAUAUGUAUUCAAGAAAUGCCAGAGAAAGCACCUGCUGGUCAGCUUCCACGGUCAGUGGAUGUCAUUCUCGAAGAAGAUUUAGUUGAUUGCUGCAAACCCGGAGACCGAGUGAGCAUUAUCGGAAUUUACAAAGUCGUUCCAGUUCAGCGCAGUAACACUUGUACUUUCCAGACUGUUUUGGUUGCAAAUUGUGUAGAAAAACUAUCGAAGGAACUUUCACCCAUCCCGACAAUAUCAGAAGUCGAAGACAUGACCAGAAUGGCAAAUAUAGUUCAACCAAGACAACUUUUGGAGCUACUAGGGCGUUCUCUAGCCCCAUCUAUAUGCGGUCAUAACCAUAUUAAGCAAGCCUUAGUGCUCCUCCUCCUAGGAGGUAACGAAAAGAACUUGCCGAACGGAACUCACAUUCGCGGUGAUAUUAACUGUUUACUUGUUGGUGAUCCAUCCGUUGCGAAGUCACAAUUAUUGCGAUGUGUCAUGGGUGUUGCGCCUUUUGCUAUAAGUACGACUGGACGCGGUUCGUCUGGCGUUGGUUUGACAGCGGCCAUCACUAGUGACAUGGAAACCGGAGAAAGACGCCUGGAAGCUGGAGCGAUGGUGCUUGCUGAUCGGGGCGUUGUCUGCAUAGAUGAAUUCGACAAGAUGAAUGAUAUCGAUAGGGUUGCGAUACAUGAAGUAAUGGAACAGCAAACGGUUACUAUUUCUAAGGCUGGUAUACAGGCAUCUCUGAAUGCUAGGUGCAGUGUGGUUGCUGCUGCCAAUCCACUGUAUGGGACGUACGAUCACGCUCAAAGUCUUUCUCGCAACAUCAAUCUCCCCGACUCACUCUUAUCACGGUUCGAUUUACUUUUUGUCAUUCAUGAUAUAUCUGAUGCCACGGUCGAUCGUACGAUUUCUUCCCAUGUUCUUCAACUCCAUAGCCAGGACAGGAGCCCUGCGGCUACAACAAGCAGCCGACUUGCGAGUGUCGCAGUCGACCCAGAAAACCAAUGGAGUUUCACCGACGCAUGUACUGAGCCAAACGGCGGGUUUUUGACGAAGAGCGAUCUUCAAAAGUAUUUGCGAUUCAUGAAAGAACGACCUUGGGAACAGAAACUUACAAAUGAAGCAGAAGUGUGCAUCGCUGAACAAUAUGCUGCUUGGAGACUUGCGAAAGCAGAAAAGACCAGAACUUCAAGCUCGAUACCAAUAACUGCGCGGACACUUGAGACGAUGAUCCGUUUAGCCAGCGCGCACGCAAAACUAAGGAUGUCGAGGAAAGUUGAGCGUAUCGAUGCACUCGAAGCCAUACGCUUACUCAAAUACGGGAUAGAAGCAAAUGAGCAAAUUGUGUCUGACUGCUGCACGUCAUUACCUGCUGGUCCGACUACAGAAGAAGAUGAACUGAGUAUUUUCAGACGAAAUUUCAGUCAGCUUAGAGCUCGUCAGAACAGCGUAGAACUUGCUGCUAUUAUGAGAAGUGCAGCUUCGUGGUCGCCACAUUUCAACCCUGUGAAGGUGACGCAAAUUCUAGACAGAAUGGCCACCUCAAACGAGAUAUUUGUUGACGAUGGAAUUGUGCACAUCAUUUGA